CCGGUGCCCGGCACCUGCGACAGGUGGAGCGCCCGGCUCUCGGCCAUGUCCGCGGACGCCUGGGAGCCGGGGUCCGGGCCGGGGUCCGAGCCGGGGUCCGAGCCAGAGUCCGGGCCGGCGUCCGGGCCGGCGUCCGUGCCGGACCAGCUGUGCUCCGAGCACCGAGAGCCUCUGAGCUUGUUCUGCCUCUUCGAGAGGCGGCCGGUGUGCGCAGCCUGCGCCAGGUUGGGCGGCCGCUGUCACGGGCACCGCAUCCGCAGGGCGGAGAAGCACGCCGAGGAGCUGCGAAACAAGAUUGUGGACCAGUGUGAGAGGCUGCAGCUACAGAGCGCGGGCAUCACCAAGUAUGUGGCGGAGGUCCUGCAAGGGAAGAACCAGAAAGCAGUGAGCAUGGCUAGUGCGGCGAGGGAGCUGGUUAUCCAGAGGAUGAGCCUGGUGAGGAGCCUGUGUGAGAGUGAGGAACAGCGGCUGCUGGAGCAGGUGCUCGGUGAAGAGGAGCGGGCUCACCAGAGUAUCCUGACUCAGCAGGCACAUUGGACGGAGGCACUGAGAAAGCUGGACACCCUCCGUACCAGCCUGGUGGGCAUGCUCACCCAUCUGAAUGACCUCCAGCUGAUUCAGAAGGAGCACGAGAUUGUUGAGAGGGCUGAGGAAGCAGAGGGCAUUUUGGAUCCCCAGGAGUCAGACAAAUUAAGCUUUAACGAGAAGUGUGCUUGGAGCCCACUGCUGACUCAACUCUGGGCAACAUCGGUCCUCGGGUCUCUCUCAGGCAUGGAGGAGGUGCAUAUCAAUGAAAGGACUGUCAGCCCCUUGCUGCAUUUGUCUGAAGAUCGACGGACCCUGACCUUCAGUGCCAAGAAGUCCAAGGCCUGCUCAGAUGACCCCGAACGCUUUGACCACUGGCCUAAUGCCUUGGCUGCCACCACCUUCCAGGCCGGACUCCACGCCUGGAUAGUGAAUGUUCAGCACAGCUGUGCCUAUAAAGUGGGCGUCGCCUCAGCCCAGCUGCCUCGAAAGGGCUCUGGCAGUGACUGCCGCCUGGGCCACAAUGCCUUCUCCUGGGUCUUCUCCCGCUAUGCUCAAGAGUUCCGUUUCUCACACAAUGGGCAGCACGAGCCUCUGGCGUUGCUUCGGUGCCCAGCACAGCUGGGCGUGCUGCUGGACCUCCAAGCGGGAGAGCUGGUCUUCUGUGAGCCUGCUUCAGGGACAGUGCUUCACAUCCACCGCACGUCUUUCCCUCGACCGCUGCUCCCAGUCUUUGCCGUGGCUGACCAGCUCAUCUCCAUCGUUCACCAGUGACCACAGUGAGGCCAGAUCCACGCCCCCCGUCACCCUUGCAGGCCAGAUCCACGCCCCCCGUCACCCUUGCAGGCCAGAUCCACGCCCCCCGUCACCCUUGCAGGCCAGAUCCACGCCUCCUGUCACCCUUGCAGGCCAGAUCCACGGCUCCCGUCACCCUUGCAGGCCAGAUCCACGCCUCCUGUCACCCUUGCAGGCCAGGCCAUGCUUCCAGCUAGUGUCCUGUUCCCCAGUGAUGUGUGUGCUGUUCCCCAUGGGAUCUGCUUCAAACUCAGACAUAACCUUUCAAUGUUGAUCAUCUGUGGGGAACCUGUUUCUCUCUUGACCUUACUCUCCCAAACCCACCGUUCCUUGUGCUCUUCUGAGGAUCUCAUAAAUCUGUGUCUCUGCCAUCUGGCAUGGUUCCUGGUGCACAGUGAGGGAGUAUAUGGCCAGGCAGGUUGGUGACCUGUGAUGUGGCGGUUCCUGGAGUGUCUGCAGAGAAGCCUGUGGUGAAGAUUCCCUAGCCUCUCAGCUCAGUAGUUCUUGGUCUUUUUCAUGACACAGCUUGUGGAGAGAAUAUUUUUCUAGCAUACAAAGGACAACCUGCCAGGCAGCUCUUGGCCAGAAAACAGGCCUGAAGUGUCAUGCCUUCCACAUUCUACCAUGGCACUAGUGUCCCCAGGAAGUGUGCUUGUAGCACAGUUGUGGGCAUUUGUCCCAGGCCCUGAGGCUGAGCUGUAGCAUGGACCUGCCUGUGCUUCCCUUGGGGUGGAGACCUGGCUGGAGAGCUUUCAUACCAGAAGAGCUAAGGGGAAAGGAGGACUCUCCUUAAUGGAUGAAUGUGAGUGUCGUUAGAGGGUUCUGGAUGCUCAGUGAUGCCUUGGCUGUAACUGGCUUCAAGCUGCAAGACAGCCUUGGGUACGGGUUUAGGAAUAAGUGGGCCGUGGCUCCCCUAGCAGAAAGGUCCUGGAGAUGUUGAACCAAAAGCACGCCUCUUUGCCAUUUCCUCCAUAACAAGCUCAUCUGAGGAUGACAUUUUUGUGAGAACUGGGGAGGAAGCUUGGUGGCAGAGCACCUGGCUAGCAUGCCAAAAGCCCCGAAUUCCAUUCCUAGCACUGCAAACUGAGCAGUGUGAAAACCAGUUAGGGUGGCCACAAGUCCAGCUGGCAAAUAAUCACUGUUCAGCUUCAGUCCCUUACUGCCAUGCAGAAAAGGGGUCCCAAGAUGCCUGCGAAGACUAUGUGGGUUCAUAUGUACAUGUGUGUAUUUGGGCAUGCAUGUAUGUAAGUGCCAUCUCCCCUUUGGAGACAGUCUCCAGUUGGCCUGGAGCUCAUCAACUAGUCUCCCCGCUGCUGGAUUCCAAGUGCACAUCACACCACCUGGCCAGUUUAUGUGGGUUUUGAUCACAUUUGGGCUCAUGUUAGUAGUGAGCAAGCAUUUUACGAUUGAACUUUCUCCCUAGUCUUUUUGAUUUUUAGUUUUUUUU